AUGACUAAUCGAUGGACGGCCUUCGUUUUACGUGUAACUAAUUCCUUGCAUGCUCGAGCUAUGAGCAUAGACCAGGUUCACAGUGACUUCGAUGAUCUUAUGAGAGAAGAACCUGAUGCUAUUACGCGUAUAAAAUGGCGGAGGAUGGCGCAGGAGGGUCGGGAAAUAGCAGCACGGGGGAGGCGAGUCGAUUGCAACUGCUACAAGAAAUGCGGCAGCAAAAUUUCGAUAGCAUUCGAUUUGCUUCAUAUCGCACUGCAUGCAAUACAUAACGUGGAUAUAUGGAAUGUGAUCGAAGCAUUUCGAGAGAAUGGUUUAAACACGUUGGAACCAUCGAGCACGUUGGGAGUUUCCAGGCUGGAAACUUUAUUGUCUUCCUUAUUUCACGCUCUUAACAAACGAGUGCCUGUCUCGCAACAAGCCAAAGUCGAUGCUACAACCGCUCUGUUGAUGAACUGGUUACUUGCUGCCUAUACUACAGGAUAUAUAUUCGCAAAUAUCGGAUAGUAAUGGCCAUAUGAUACACUGGAGAUUCUCCGAGUAUUUGAAGGAAGUUCUAGCGUUAACGGCUGCGGUUUAUGAAUCGCCAUCGUUUGGAUACUCCGAGGGUCUCGCCAAUUCAAUAUUUCCGCAAAAUUCGAAAGUCACGGUUAACGAUUUUUUGGAUACGCUUAUGUCUGAUCCAGGACCACACUGUUUAAUUUGGCUUCCAUUGUAUCAUAGGAUGGCUGCUGUUGAAACAGUGGCCCAUCCCGUCAUGUGUGACGCGUGUCAUAAAGAGAACUUCACCGGUUUCCGAUACAGAUGUCAGAAAUGCCACUCGUACCAGCUUUGCCAAGAUUGUUUUUGGCGCGGCAAAGUUUCUGGGACACAUAAUAACGAUCAUGAAACGAGGGAGUACAGUAGUUUUAAAUCACCGAGCAAACAAAUCGGUCAUUCCUUACGGAAGAGCUUCAGAUGCGUACCUGAGAAAGGGAAAAAUAGUUUACCGAGAUUUCCGGAGCAACCCGAGAAGACGUUAGAUUUAUCACACAUAGUCCCGCCAUCACCUUUACCAUCUCACAACGGUUUUCCAGAUCCAGGUUUUAUGGCUCCCUUUGAUUCCGGAUCGAUGGACAGUCGUUCCACUUUAAGGAGGGUAGGGCACCGUCUGAUGCUAACUUGGCAUCAUUAGAUGCCUCGAGGGCACAACGCGAACUUAUAUCGCAAUUAGAGGCAAAGAACAAGGAAAUAAUGCGCGAGAUUGCAAGGUUAAGGAGACAACAAGAAAUAGAAGCAGCUGGUUUGGAAAAUCCUGCACUUAUGUCAGAAUUAAGAGCCUUAAGGCAAAGAAAAGACGAAUUAGAAACUCAUUUAGCAACAUUACAAGAUUCUAGAAGGCAAUUAAUGGUGCAGCUAGAAGGUUUAAUGAAAAUGUUAAAGAACCACCAAGCAUCUCCAAGAUCAACACCAAAUAGUUCACCACGAAGUACAAAAUCACCACCUUUACCUCCUGGUGCAGUACCAAGUAGUAGAUCAGCUCCGCCAACUCCAGGUGGUCCACUUUCUACAACACCACAACAACAACAGCAACAACAACAGCAACAGCAGCAGCAGUCUCAAAGUCAACAACAAAUGUCUCAAAGCUAUCAGAGUCCUGUUCCAACAACAUCAGUGACGAGCGUAACCAAUAAUACCAUGCUGGGAACGAUACAAAAUCCUAUUCCAGAUAACUUAUCAUGUGUUGGAGGCGACGUAAGGUCUGCGUUCAGGACAAACAGCUUGCCAGGAAGUGGUUCCAGCAGUGCGAAUAAUAGCUUGGGCCGAUCCUUACGAAAUGACUUAUUGGUAGCUGCUGACAGUGUUACUAAUGCCAUGUCGACACUCGUGAGGGAAUUAAAUUCGGAUUUCGAGGCUGGCGAGGAUGGCGAUGAUAGCAGCGGCGGCGGAAAUUCUUGGCGAGAAGAGCUUCAGCGACGUUAUCAGCAAGAAAAUGAUUUUCUGGCUGAAUUACGCGCACGCAAUGUUAAUAUCUCGCAAACGCCAUCGGCCACCCCAUCCAGCGAGCAAGAACAAGAAAGAGGCGAAAGGGAAGAAGCAGACGGUGAAAAGGAGGAUGAAAAUGAAUCUAACUGGACAGAAUCGGCGAAGAAAUGGGUCAACCGAUAAGUUCGUUAUACAUGACAUUUCUAUGUAUUCUAACGGCUUAGAAACUGCUACCAAAUGAAACGCAAAAAAUAAGUUACCGUAGCUCCACUGGUUAUUUAUGAUAGACAUAUAUCUGGGUGUUAGUGUGAAAUGUAACCAAUACGACAUUAGAUUUUGGACAGUAUUUAAAGCAAAAGUCUUACAUUUUCGAAGCAGUACU